AAACAGCUGAUGAAUUAAUAAACAAUUGACAGAAUUUUGAAAUGGAAGUGUAACAAUUAAGAAAUAAUUGAAUAUGCGCAAAUAUCAACAGCUUGCCUUGUUGCUGGUCUCCUGCUUUAGCAUUGGUGUGCUCUUGAUGUACAAGAGCGAAAACAAUCGUUUGAAAUAUGUUUUAAAAUACGUGAAUUUCUUUGGAAGAAAUGAUGCUGCCGUUUUAAGACGGAUGCACAACAAGACAGAGGAUGACCAGAAACUGUUUGUGUCGGCACUAUCCAAGCCGCUACCGGUGUGGCAGCUAAUAGGUGAUAAUUUUCAUGCUUACUCGGCAUUUUGGAAUCGCAAUGAGCUGGUUGCCGGUGGAGAUGCACAAGUGCUUGUUGUUGGCAACCAAGGUGCUGUAGUGGACUUUCGCUGCAGUUUUGAUGUUGGCGGUCGCAAAGUGCAGGGUAAAUUUCGCUUUCAACGUGAUUCAACUGAGAGCGUCAUUGACGACAAGUCCAGCACGUUUACCAACUAUAUAUUCUUUUGCCAAGUUAGCCGCAAUUUUGGACACCCUGAAUAUGUAUCUUUUAGCGAUAUAACAGCACCAAUUAAGCGGCAAGUUAAGCUACGUUUGCGGCACUUAAGACCGCAGAACGUGCCGGACAAACCUCAUACUCUAAAAGCCACACCUACCACUGCGCCGGUAAAAGUCCGUUUGCCAGCAACAAUUUGUGUGGAUUUGGUCAACUUCAAUAUGAGCUCACAUUAUGCCCACAAUGUAGACGCGCUGUUGCAAUUCUUUCUCUUCCAUCAAGCACUUGGUGUCGAACACUUUAUGGUUUAUAACUACGAUGUCUUGCCAGAGCAAGUGGUACUCAUAUUGCAACGCACGAAUAUGCAUUUGUAUGCGCUGCCAUUUAAUUUUCCAUUUGAACAAAUCAAUGCUACAACCCGUUUACGCCAAAUUCUCCAGUCGGAUUGUCUUUUGCGCAAUUUGAAUUAUGCCGCAUUUACCAUGCUGUUAAAGCCUAACGAACUCAUCUAUCCCAGUAGUCACUUUAUAGGCAAACUGAGCAUGCAAAAUCAGCUGCGUCACUAUGCCACAGAGAUCUCACGCUUUGAACUAGCCACAUUUGCCGUCUGCUUUGAUGAGCACAAAAAGCUGCUUCUUGACAACGUGCAAUAUGAUCCCGAGGUGAAAUCGGCUUAUAAGCUGUUUUUGUAUCGCCUGGAAUUGCCGCCCGCGCAGCUUUUGCUGCCAAAAGCCACAAGCGUGGAGUUACCUUUGUCAAAUGGCUUUGCACAUCGCUAUGGGGACUGCCAAAAUGUGGGACAUGAUGGCUUGCACGAUUGGCGUAACGGUCUGCGACAGGAUCUGAUGGAUCAUAUUGACAGUCUGCGUGAUGAAGUUGAUUUGUUAAUUUAAAUUCUAGAUGCUAACUAGCUUAAG